GAAGAAACGUUGUCAAAGUGACGGCACCUCCUUUUCCCCACUACACAGUUCCAUCUAUCGCAGUAAGGAGUGAUUAUAAAAGAAGCAAACAUAUAUUGAAUUAUGUCAAUCAGUGUAUUCGAAAAGUUAUGGAUGAAAGAAUGAAAAACGAUAGCGAAACUGGCGAAAAGAUGGCACCUACAAAACAGGCUGUUCACAAAAAGACGACAGAAAGAAUCGGAUCAAGAAGACAGGUAUUCGACAUAGAGUAUGAUACAGUGGAAAACGUAGACAGGACAGGGAAUGAAUUGCUUGCCAACUGGAGGUGCUUAGUUCAAGAAAAAGGGGAAGAAAUCCAAACAACCUACAACAAACUACAAAACAUGCAAUCAAGCAAACUGACCGGGAAUAAGCUCAGGCAAGAAAUAGAGAAAUGGAUUGAUUUUAAAAAGGCGGACGGACAUGUUAUGAAGCGAUGCAUGCACAAUCUACAAAUUUCCAUGAAAGAUAGGCUUCAUUACUUAAGGAAACAGAAACAGUUUCUUCUUGAUAAACAGCAAACCCUAAAAAAUGUUUACAAAUCAAUUGAACAGAGCAACCGCUCAAGAAUUCCAAAUCCUUUCCACAAAUUCAUUUUUGAUAUCAAACGUGAACAUUACCAACUAUUCAACGAGGAACUUCUGAUUUCAUCAAAUGGCAGCACAAACAAGUAUAAAAGACAAAUGAUCGAAGCCAACACUGUCAUUAUUGGUGACACCAGGUUAUAUUUUGGGAAAACUGGUAGAACACACGUGAUGACACCAAUUCAUGAAAAUAUACUAGAAUCCGACAAGUGCAUUACAGGGGAGUGUGUUGACUCUUGCUGCUCAUGCCGUAGAUCCGAAUCAGAACUUAGUUUUCUGAAUCAUGAGAAGACACAGAUAAACGAGCUCCAGAAGCAUGCUAAGAAAUCGAAAAUUCCUGUUCCAGUCAAACUGCCACAAUUGCUAGCUAACAAGAAAAUGAAAUACGAGGAAAAGUCACCCUCUACUCCAGUAAAACUACCACUACUACUUCCUAAGAGGAAGAUGAAAUACGUAGAAGAUUCGUACUCAGAGACUCUAAAACGUCAACCAUUGUUACCAAACAAGAAGAUACUAUACUCGAUAGAACUUUCUGACACUACCCUUAAGCUACCACCUGUAUUUCCUGACACAGAGAAAACAUGCAUGCAAGAACACCUCUUCACUAAUCGUCCUGGUACUCCAAACCUGCUUCCACCAUUACAGAACUUUCCACUAAACAUCAAAAAGACAUUAAUUGUUAAGAAGAUCUGGGAUGAAAAAAAAUAUAAAAGUACAGAAAGGCCAACAGAAUCAUUCUCUAAACCAGUACCACAGCGACCAGCUGAGACAACAGCUUUCAAUGAAAUUUCAGAUAUAAGCACAGAUUUAGGUUAUAAAAGACCAAAAUGGAAAAAUAAGUAUAAAACUUUCAGGCUGCAAAAGAGAUCUCGUCAAAUUUACUACAAGCAUGUAGGAAUGCAAAUAGACAGAGAAAAACCAGACAGAUAUCCAGAACCAGAUAAAAAUCAUACAUUGCCACAAAAUAUGAAAGAGACAUCAAUUGUAAAUAAGAUCAGAUAUGAAAUUAACGAGAAAAGUAAAGUUAUUCCAAAGCAAUCAACGUCUAUAGCAGCUGUUCAGAAAACUGCUGAGACAACAGCAAACGAUGGAACUUUAGAUAUGAACUCAGAACUAGCUUUGAAAAGGGUUAAAUGGGAAAAUAAGUUUCCAACUUUUAAGCUGCAAAAGGCAUCUGGUAAAGAUUGCCACAUCUCUGAGAGAAAAAAACGAUUUUCCAUGCUGCAAAAGUCAUCUGGUAAAAAUUGCUAUAUACUGAAAAGCAUAAGUGAUAAAGGAAGCAACAUCGUUACUGAAAACUAUUGUACAACAAGAACACAAAAAAGGAAUGUCAAAAAUCAAAAAGAAAUAGAAAAACCGGACAGCUACCCAACACCAGAUCAGAUUCAUACUUGGCCACAAAAUUUAAAAAAGAUAUUAAUUGUAAAAAAGAUGAGGAAUGAAAAGAGAGAUUACAGUGAAGUUGUGAGAUCAAUGCCUUUAUCAGCACAAGAACAGACUGAUAAAACAAUAGCAUCAAUUGAAAUGUAUAAAUCAGCACCAGAAGAGGCCGAUGGGACAACGGCGUUCGCUAAAAUAUCUAAAUCAACACAACAGCAAGCCGAUAGGACAAUAACUUCCAAUAAAAUGUCUAAAUCAACACAACAGCAAGCCGACAGGACAACAACUUCCAAUAAAAUGUCUAAAUCAACACAACAGCAGGCUGAUGAGACAACAGCUUCAAAUAAAAUGUUCCAACCAGCAACAGAUCAGACUGAUGAGACAACAGCUUCAAAUAAAAUGUCUAAAUCAAGACAACAGCAGGCAGAUGAUACAAAAAGUUCAAACAAAAUGUCUAAAUCAGCUCCACAGCAGGCCGACAAGACAACAGCUUCCAAAAAAAUAUCUAAAUCAACACAACAGCAGGCUGAUGAGACAACAUCUUCAAAUAAAAUAUCAAAAUCAACACAACAGCAGGCAGAUGAUACAAAAAGUUCAAACAAAAUGUCUAAAUCAGCUCUACAGCAGGCCAAUAAGAUAACAGCUUCAAAUAAAAUAUGUAAAUCAACUCCACAGCAGGCUGAUAAGAUAACAAAUUCGAUUGUAAUUUUCAAUACCCCACGAAAACAAAAUAGGAAUGUCGGAAAACAAGCAAAAGGAGAAAAAACGGAGAGCUUCUUAAAACCAGACCAAACUCAUACUUCGCUGGAUAUUGAAGUGGAUGAUAAAUGUCCCACGAAAGACAUCUUUCACAAGCUGGAGGAUAACGAACUGAUAGGAUUUUAUCAGGUGCAAGAAAAAGAUCUGUUUCCUGUCAUAGAAAAUAUGAGUGACAGCAAAGUGAUGGAAUUGUUCAAGAAAUUACACGACCAGCAUAUUGCUGUCAUUCAAAGUAUAAGUAAUACAGCAGAUGACACUCAGAGCUCGAACUCAGGCAGUACACUAGAUGAUUUUCACGAUACAGAAGAAAAUGAUGGAACAUUGAAAACAUCAAUGAAAACAUUUGUUAAAAAACUUAUCCCAGAUUGCAUAACGAACGGUGACCACUGUCAACCAACAGAAACUCUUUCUUCAAAUUGGCAAAUUAUAAAAAUCCGCUCUGGAACGAAUAUAAAGACACAAUAUAUUCCUAUGCCACUCACACAAUUUAUUCCAAUGCCACCCAAUUCACCAAAACCAAAAACAUCAAACGCCAGACGUAAACAAUAUGGCCGAAAAAAGGAUAAAAAUAACAAUUCUUCAGAAUCUUAAAAAGCAAUAAGAUUCUGAUGGUUUGAUACAUUAACGAUUCAUAUUUUCAAAAGAAGAUAUUUGGUGGAUACCUCCAGUUGUAAAAGAUAUUACAGGAAACAUGUUGGAAAAUUAAAAAUUAAAUCUAAUUGUGUGAAACAUUCUCAAAAGACUAUCUAUAGUGCAUAUAUGUUAGCACAGUUUGAUAAACUCAGGUGACUCGCUGUAUAUGUACAAUGUUCCUUAUCUGUUUUUAGUAGCAAUGGUAAAAGGGUGCUACAACAUGGUUCAAU